GAUGGAAAGCCACUAGUAAUAUCAAAUUUUCACAAAAGCACUGCUUGGAAUAACGAUUUAUUCACUUUAAAAGAGCUAAAGUCUCUCACUGCCAACAAGAGUAAGCAACCUUUAUAUAGGGAAGAAUGUUUGUAGGCAUACCUUUCUAAUUAUCUUUUUUCCUCGCUGCAAAGCUGUCGAGUUUACCUACAGAGACAGUGGAAUAACAACAAAGAAAAUGGUUUUAUUCAGUGAUUAUGUUGAUGAUUUACAAAAAAGAUACAAUCUAACACUUAAACAUAAAAGUAAAAAACUGCAGCUCCACCAGCAAAGUCGUAUUUUUAAAAAAAUUUAUGCAAAAGACAUUGAUUGUCCCCUUGCAUAUAAAGAAGCCAUCAAUAAUAUCAUACCUGAUUAUCUUUUGCCGCAUGGUUACAAUGACCUUUUUUCCUACACACCCGAAAGAGUCCGAGCCGAAAACCUUAUGUGCUAUUUGGGCCAAGACGGUACGGGAACCCCACUUCAUCAAGACCUUUGUGGAACCAUGGGCCAUAAUAUUAUGGUGAGCGGUUCACCAGAUGGCUAUGCUGAGUGGAUCAUUGUUGAAAAUCGUUAUCGCGAUAGAUUAGCUGAACUGCUGAAGCCAACUGUGACCGAGAUGAGAAACAUAUAUGGCCAUGAAGAUGCCUUAUUGAAAACGACAAGAAGAGGAAGGACCAAAUUAACAGCAGACAGUACCAAUGCUGAUAGCGAAAAUGACAGUGGCCGUCAUUUAAACAUGAUGAAGAACUCCUUCCUUGAAAGUGAUCGCGCUUGGUUGACCAAGGGAAUAACCAAAAAAAGUAAUAUUCCUGUACACGUUAUCAUUCAAAAACCAGGAGAUCUGGUGCUUAUUCCCAGCCGUGCCUACCAUCAAGUUCGAAAUAAAGGCGUCACUUUAAAAAUUGCAUGGAACCGAAUCACUGCUCAAACGCUGGCCUACGCCUUUAAAGAUCAAUUACCUCUUUACAAAAUUAUCAACAGACCCGAAACGUACAAAUGUAAAGGCAUUGUUGCAUUUACUGUGAAAGAAUGGAACGAAAGAUUAGCAAAAAUGAACGCUGCCAACUUAACCAGUGCAAGCACGAGCUCCACUACCGCUGUACAUGACGAUAUUUUCAAAUGUGGCUAUGAUGAUUUUAAAAGAAAUUCAAAGCUCUUGGCAGGUCUUUUAUUGAAAGACGUGAUUGCUCCUGAACUCCUGUACGAUGAUGAUAUGUGCGGCGUUGUUACUGACAGCAAUUCUGAAAUAUGUAGUAUCCGAUGUGAUUUUUGCUACAGUGAUAUUUUCCACCGCUAUUACCAUUGUGAGAUAUGUGACCAGUAUGAUCUUUGCUUGGAUUGUUAUUCUAUAGGUAGAAGUUGCCAGCAUCCAGACAGUAUGAAAAUGCAUCAGAGUUGUGUGUCUGUUGAUACAUACAUCACGUUGUACUAUGAGUUUGUUCGAAAUUUGAAACUCUUUUUCAACGAAGACUUAGUGGAACCUGGACUAGGUGAUUCUAUCUUUCUCCUAAAUGCAAGGAAUGCUUCCAACUUAGCAACAACUUGCCGUCGUAUUGAAAGAUAUCGUCGAUUAAAAUCGGACAGUUUUAAUGUAUUGGAAUGCAGUCAUUGUGGUUUAUCAACUGACGUGCUCAAACUGGAAGAAUGCGGCAUCAGUUUAUCUUCAGUAUUUCAACGAGGUCCCUGUCAAUCAUUACAAGUAGCAGAGAAAGAUGAGCAAAUUUUGAAAAUUUACGUUUGCAUCAAUUGCACUUCUAAAUGCCGUAACUGCUCGACGUUAUGCCAAUCAGAGAAACCACUUGUGGAUUUUAAUCUUGUUUACUAUGUACACCCUAAAUAUGAUACAAGGAACAAAGGCGGAUUCAUCGAUUCGACUAUACUGAAGACUUGUGAUAGUGACAAUGAUAAAGCUAGAGCUGAUAAUAGUCGUACAAGGAAACGGGGCCGACCACGCAAAUCUCCCUUAUUUGAUAUGCCAAAGAAAAAGGCAAAAACAAGCUAAAUUCCUAGCAACCACCUUAAAGUUGAAUACAUGUUUGCACUUCUUCAUAAUUCGUUAACAGAGUACUUUCAAUUAAUGAACACUAUGCAUGAUAUAUUAUUUAUUCAAUAGCAUUAAACAUGAGUAUAAAUCAGCUGAAUAGUAUUAUGUAAUUACGUAGUAAGUAUUAUUAAAAUGACUCUGUAAACUAUUAAGUUGUUAAGGGUUUAUAACU